UUGAAAUCGAGUGCAACGGAUCAUGUUUUAUCAACAGGAAAUUUUCAUUAUUCAUUACCAUUUUUYCCUCCUUACAAGUCGCCCGUUAAAAACACUAUUCCGGUUAUUAAAAUAGUCCAAAUUGGCUCCGCCUCUAUUUGUUAUCACUGACAUACCUAUCACAUUCCUUGCCCAUGCCUUAGUCAGUUUCCGUGCGAGACAGGUGAAUAAUGGGUGAAAAAACGGUAGUUAAAUUGGCAGCUGAACACAGCCGAUACCGCUUAGUGAUUGCAUUCAUAUGCGGGCUGAUAGUGAUCAUCUUGAUGAUAAUGGGACUCGCGUCCACCGACUGGCUGAUGUCCGAUGGUUGGAGGCAGGGUCUCUUCAUCCAUUGCAUCGAAGAAAACGCCCCCCAACCGUUGCCCUUCGACAUGCAAGAGCCUCCCGGAUGUUACCAAUCCAGGGAUGCAGCAUACAUCCACGCCGCCGCCGCACUGUGCGUCAUCACGUUGGUGACGGACGCCGCGGCAACCUUCCUCACCGGAAUGGGUCUAAAAACAAAAGACCAUCACUCCAAAUACAAGUACUACCGAUACGCUGUGAUAAUCAUGGGUCUUUCCCUGGUUUCGAUACUUGUAGCCCUGAUAGUCUACCCGGUAUUUUUCGCCGCGGAACUGAAUCGGGGCAACAGGACGAUAUGGGAGUUCGGUUGGGCGUAUGGAGUGGGCUGGGGCGCCGCCAUUUUCCUGUUCGGCGGCGUCGUUCUUUUAAUGUGUGACAAAGAAAGCGAGGAGAUUUACUAUAAAGAGCGAAAAAUCGUGCACGAUAACGAUUCGAGAGCCUAGUGGCCACAUAGUCUGCCCGAUGUUGUUCUCUGAUCAUAAGAGGCGUGCCUCUCUCAGAGAAUGUGCUGUGAACGAGAGAUUCGUGUGAAUGGUCGCUUGCCUGAUUCUGGACGUGUUAGCUGAUCGGUUUGAUGCAAAAAUUCAUUUUGAUUUCGUUGAGGAUUCACAUUUUGGACGCGCUGUCAAACUGAUCGGUCGAGUUACUAUUUAGUUGUUUGAUUUGCUUGCCUGGUUAUAUCACCAGUCAGCCAGUUUUGUAGUUGUUACCAUUUUAAGGCGCUAAUUGACUUUGAUCGGUCAGGUCGGUCGAGUUGAUUUUGUGAAUGAAAUGAUCGGCUUGAUGGAUCAGAGGAAUUCGUGCAGGAUGUGUGUUUAGAGCGACUGAGAGACAACCCGGGCAGGCUAGGUGUAUGUUUAAUAAAUACGAAAUAAAGACUUGAACCAACUUAAUGAACUGUUUUCAUGUACAUGAUUUUCCGUUGUCCGUUCCAUUGCACAUGGAAAAACAGUUCGUAGUGAUGUCAAUAUUGUAGUUGUAGAUAUUAUUAUACUCGAUGGCAGCUAAUUAUUUUUUAUCAAAUUUUUCGUUUGGGCAUUAUUUUAUUUUUAUAGUAUUUAUAAAACGAAAUUAUCGUGCAGCUGCGCUUAUAUUGACCAAUACGUAGUUAUCGUUGGGUUCAAUCAGUUGUGUGACUUAGGGUACUUUAAAAAAGCAUAUCGAUAAAAUGUAACUUUACGUGCGUAACAACGUUAUUUAUAUUUGUAUUAAAGUUAGGGUAAUUUAAUAAUACUGGACCAACGUUAUUUUGCUUUAAACAAUAUACUGCCAGAUCAUUUUGGCCACAAGCAUAUUUACAUUUUUAUAAUUUCACUGUAAUUAUAGUCGUAAGUUUUUUUAUCAAGUAUUUUCUUAAUUUAUUGUAUUGUAAAUAAUACUAUGUCACAUAAACAAGCAUGGUAAAAUGUAGUGUUGUGAUAUAUAGCUUAUGUAUAUAUUAGAUGUGAGAGCCAUAUAUCUUGGUAGGAAAUGCAACUUAUAAGUAUAUCCCAACUUACAAUUUAUAUUUUCUACUAUUAAUUUCAUUCCUUGUGUGAAUUUACUGUUACAAUUGUAUAAAAAUAAAAUUGAAAUUCUCUUAAUGUAAGGGUAGUUGAUCUCAAAAUGGAGUUAAGAUCUGAGGUUCAUUCCAUAAAAGCACUUGUACCUAUCUUCUGUCAUAAAAAUAAAUUAUUUGUAUUA